AUGUUGUUGGGUAAGCAAUUUGGGUUGGCUAUAUGUGCCCUUUUUCUGUUUACUACGUUUAUCUUGGUCAUCGUGGCCAUUUGCGGUUCGACUGCAAACUACAAGCCUUUGACUAAUAUCUAUAUUGGUUCUGCGGAUAUUUCUCAUAUCAAUGUCACUAAGGUUAUUCCGCAGUUUGGCCCCAUUUUGACCAUUGUCGGUACGGCUUUGAACUCCGGCAACAGCUCUUUGGAGACGUUUUUCCCCGUUUUGCAUAGAUUGGUCGGUACGCCGGGGUUUGCUCCUCUUUUGACAAUGCUUUCCAACGCGGAGGAUACGGAGACCUCGGUUUCGUCGUUGGUUGAGCUAGCUCCGUUGGCUUUGUCGUCUAAUGGGUCCGCUGCUGCCGCACAGCAGCUGUCUCAGGUGGAUCAGCUGUUGAGAUACUCGACCAACGCUACCGAAACGUUGCAGGGUUUGGAGUCCCUGGUUGAGGCAUCGAUGGAGGAUCCUACCAGUAAUUCAUCCGCGGUGGUCUUGGAGCUGUUGAAAGAUUCGAACGAUUCGUUGAGCUCGACUGAUGCCCUGCUGACUUUGAACAAUAUGAGUGCGACCGAGAAGGCUCAGUUGGCUCCUGUCUUCGCUCUUUUCCAGGUCUCAGAUAACAAGACGGUCACUUUCGAUUCUUUGGCCACUCUGGUGAGCAGUCCAGUCUCUGGUGAUUUAGCGCAAACGUUGUUUUUGGCGCUGAACCAAUCGAGUAACUUGACGCAAACAUUGCAGCAGUUGGGAUCGAUCGCCCCCGAGAAUUCUAGACCAGCCUUGAAUGCUGUAGGUGCAUUGAUCGCUUCCUCGUCUUCUCCAAACACUACUUUGAGCUCUUUGAGAACUCUCAUAGAGAGCAACGUUACUUCGUCGCCCUCGGCACAAGAGGCGUUUACAUCUUUGGCUACUUUGGUUAGAAACGGUGAGAAUGACACUUUGGUAGUGGAGUCUGUUCAGUCGCUAGCAACAACCAAUUCCACAAGCUCCACGGAACAGCUGGUUUCCUUGAAACAGUUGCUUGAAGCUUCUAACAACGGCACUGGUACCUUGCAAGUCAUGGGAAACUUGCAGCAGGGAUUGGCUGCUGAUAACAGCACGGCUCAAUAUAUAUCUCCUUUGGUGUCCCUGCUAGAGUCAUCGAGCGACCCUCACGCGACUUUUACGUCUUUGAUUGCUUUUACCGCAUGGGCGCAGGCAAAUCCGGCCACGUUCGCACCCGUUGCUGGCAUCUUACUCAGUGCUCAAGAGAACCCAGUUCCAACUGAAGAACAACUGAAUGCUUUGACUCCAGAGAUUUUGCAGUACUUCCAUGUUAACACAAAGUACCAGCUGUCGAUUUUUACGCUAUGCGAAAGGGAUCUCUACAACAACAUUCAAUCAUGUUCUGCGUCGCACGCUGUGCAGGACUUGGAUUUCAGAAGUAUUAUCUGGAACGACUUAGUCGACUCCGACUUCGCACCCUACUUGGUCGCCCUGAAUGUUACCGAAGAUUCGCUACACCUCGAAGGUAAACUAUUGAACAGACAACAUGAAUACGUGCCUGCGGUUGAGGCCACUUUGGCUUUCUGUUUGAUCUCUAUCAUUCUUUCCUUUUUCCUAUUGCUGGCGGUGCUAUACCUGAUCGUGAGACGCCGCGUGCUAGGCAACAAGCCAUGGUUCGCUAUAAUCUUCACUUGCUUGUUAUACACCUUGUUCACCUGCCUCGCUGCCAUUAUCGUCACGGCAAUCAUCGGAAUCAUCAAAUCCGGUACUGCAGAUGACAAUUACGGUGUGGUUUUUACUGCUAGCCAGGCGUUUUUGGGAUUGCUGUGGACGUCGUUUGCCCUAUCGCUAAUUUGCCCAGUCUUGCUAAUCAUGGCGUGGUUGAGCGACAAAAGAGAGCGCAAGAAGGCGGAACCUGUCAUGGUUGAGAACGAACCUUCUGCGAAUACGAGUGACAGCCUCUCAUCGUCGGCCAAUAACGCAAACAGCAUUCCCGACCCUGAGAAGAACAACGCUACGCCGAUCGUGACCAAUUAA